ACGAGGAGAGACUGCGUCUCUGGGUUCAGAUAGCCGAUCUCUCGAAGUGGUACGGUCAUGGACAUCAAACCGCACCGUAGAUUAGCCCAGACCAUUUGCCGGAGAAAUUACAUCCUACACCCGGUGUACCCCGAGUACGCCGGACCAGCAAAAUGCCGCCAUGUGGAUAUUCUAGCCACCUCAGCGGUACCGGUAAAUUACAUCCUCCGUCACCGCAACCCAUGCCGGUGGAAUGCUGCAAAACAGAACUGUCGCCAACUAAGAAGAUAAAAGAAGAGCAGCUGCUUUUUGGAUCGUUAUUUAUUCCGUAACAUUUUUGUGCCUCUUCGUUCUUCCCCAGACUCCACUAAUGGUGGCUCUCUGCACCAUUUCGACGAACCCUUCUCGCUGAACCAUCGCUUACUUCAAAAUUUGAUGAGAUAUCGUCUCUCACUACCCUCCAUCUUAUCAUGGCUUUAAGAGCAAUCAGAACGACCAGCAGCUUCUCCCCUCCCAAACUCCUCAUUCCUUCGCUGCCAUCUAACCCUAAUUUCCACUCCAACUCCGUCCCCAUCGAUCCUACCCUACCGGGCAAUCAACUCGUCCACCAACUGCUCGACCUAUUCUCCCAUCCACCCGGCCUCCGAGAAAGAAGCGAGGAGCUCCACCACCUCGGCCGCAGACUGACACCCGAGAUGGUCGAGAUCGUCCUCAAGGACCUCAAAGGGUGGACUGCCGCUCACAAGUUCUUCCGGUGGGCCUCGUGGCAGCAGGGGUUCCACCACAACCGCUACACCUACAAUGCCAUGGCCUCCAUCCUCGCCCGGGCGCGUCAACGUGCCCAGCUGAAAGCCCUGGCGGCGGAGGUGGUUUCAGUUCGCUGCCCAAUGACUCCCGGGGCCUUGGGGUUCUUGAUAAGGUGCCUCGGUAAUGAGGGCUUGAUCGAAGAGGCCAAUUUGGUCUUCGAUCAUGCUGGGGAUUUGAAUUGCGUUCCAAAUUCAUACACUUAUAACUGUUUGCUUGAGGCCUUGGCUAAGGCCGGUCGGGUCGAAGCAGUGGAAUCAAGAUUUCAGGAGAUGGUGGUUGGUCAAGGAUGGCAGCCUGACAAAUACACCCUUACAUCGGUCUUGCAGUCAUACUGCAAUGCCAGGAAGUUGGAGGAGGUGCUGGAAAUCUUCAACAGGAUGAAUGGCAAUGGGUGGGUUGAUGGGCAUGUUUUGACGGUCCUAAUCGUCACAUUUUGCAAGUGGGGAGAGGUUGACAGAGCGUGUGAAUUGAUCCAGCAGAUGGAGGAUCUUGGGAUGAUGCUGAGUGAGAAAACAUUUCACAUCUUGGUUCAUGGCUUUUCGAGGCAGGGAAGGGUGGACAAGGCGCUCGAGAUUUUUGAGAAAAUGAAGGUUUCAGGGUUUCAUGGGGAUUUGGCACUUUACAGUGUUUUGAUUGAGGGGCUUUGUGAGGGAAAAGAGCUCGUGAAGGCUUUGGAUUUGUAUAUGGAGAUGAAGGACAAUUGUACAUAUCCUGAUGCUCGAUUAAUCAAGAAGAUGAUCUCGAGACUUUGCGGGGAAGGGGACUUGGUCAAUGCAAACAAGUUGCUUGAGGAAAAUUUGGAGAUGUUGAAUAUGGGUAGCCUGAUCUCUCUUUAUGAUGCAGUUCUAGAUGGGCUAGUUAAUCAUGGUGAUGUAGAUAGAGCUCAUGUGCUACUAAGGGCAAUGAUGGAAUCGCAAAGCUCGCAGGCCUCACAAGUGGAAGUCAAUGAGAAUGGAUUUAGUGAAUCUGGUGCUGCAACCGAAACCCUAUUUCAGAUCAAGAAACCUGUUUGCCCAAACGCUGACUCUUUUAAUAUUGUGAUCUGUGGUUUAUGCAAGAUCCAGAAGCUGGAUGUGGCUUUAGUUCUUUUGAAUGAUAUGAUCAAAGUAGGUUGCAGAGGGAAACUUCUGAUGUACAAUAAUUUGAUUAGCGAGCUGUGUAAUGUGGACAGGUUGGAGGAAAGUUAUGAGCUUUUGAGAAAAAUGAAGGAAUUUGGGUUUACACCCACAGAGUUCACUUACAAUUCUAUGUUUUACUGCCUUUGCAAAAGAAGGGACUUAUCAAGUACCCUUGACUUGCUUAGGGAGAUGCGAUGUCAAGGAUAUGUGCCAUGGAUAAAGCAUUGCACCAUGAUGGUCCAGCAGCUCUGCAGAAAUGGAAAAGUAGCAGAAGCUUCUGGUUUUUUGGAUGACAUGGUUAAGGUGGGUUUUCUUCCUGACAUGGUUGCUUACUCUGCGGCUAUUGAUGGAAUGUGUAAGAUUGGAGAGAUAGACAAAGCACUAGGUCUUUUCCGUGACAUAUCUUCAAAUUGUUAUUUACCAGAUGUGGUUGCUCAUAAUAUUUUGAUUAAUGGAUUUUGCAAGGCUGGUAGAAUGAAUUCAGCACAGGCAAUUCUAGAUGAAAUGUUAGAGAAGGGACUUGUGCCUUCUGUAGUCACGUACAAUCUGAUGAUUGAUGGUUGGUGCAAAGCUUACAGGAUUGACAAUGCACUUGCUUGCUUUGCUAAGAUGAUUGAUGAAGCAAGGUCACCCACAGUAGUCACAUACACAAGCUUAAUUGAUGGCUUGUACAAUGCUGGAAGGGCUGAAGAUGCUUUUGCUUUGUGGAAUGAAAUGAGGGAGAAAGAAUGUCCUCCAAACCAGAUGAGUUACACGGCUCUUGUCCAUGGUCUAUGCAAGUGCGGUGAUGCAGAUGUUGCUCUUAUCUAUUACAAAGAAAUGAAGGAAAGGGAUUUUGAGCUAGAUACUUCUGUCUAUUUGUUGCUGAUAAACUCUUUGGUUUUGAAAGGAAAUUCAGUUAAAGCUUUUGAGCUUUUGAAAGAUGUUCUUCGAAGGGAAAGCUUUCCUUCUACUGAUUCUAAGAAUUUCCGAUUGAUGAAGAAAGCAAUACACAAUCUAUACAAAGAUGAAUCUACUUCUUUGGAUGUGAGGAUACUCAUUGAGGGGGGAUAUGUUCCAUUCAUGAAAAGUGUCCAUGACAUUGGGGAGGACGUGAGGAAAUAAUAUGCUGUUUGAUUGAACUUGGAGAAAGAUUUCCUAGCAUGCUUCAAAAGCUGCCUUCAGAUAUAAUGCUUCUGGGUACAUGCAUGUUUGAACGUCUCUUCUUUUACAAAAGGCUAUAGGUUUAAUGGUGCUUUUGCUGCAGGGAAUGUUUUCUUCCAUUACUGACCAAGUUUGAUGACAGCUGAGCUUGCUUGGGCAUGGAAAGCAAUGAAAUUUCAGGGGAGCAACAAAUUGUUGAUACAAAUGCAGCUCGCUUAGGUGAACAGUGAAAUAACCGUGUCACCUGGUGGUUUGGCAGGAGAGAUCGUUUGAGUUGAUACCAAGACAGGUCCUCCCGGGAGGGUUUGCGUUUUCUUGGAGGAGUAAUGAUGCUUUAGUCACUAUGAGCAUGUGUCUCGGCUGGUAAUGCAUGAUGUCCUAUUGAUACAUGGGCAUUAGGGUGUGGAUCCUGUCAGUGGUGUAUGCACCCAGCGGAGGGGAAGGCCAACAGGGGCUUCGGAAUGAGCUGCACAAGAUUGAGGAUUGACAAAUUUCAUGGAUUGAACAGUCCAUAGAUUUCACACAGACGUAAGACGUAGUAGACUUUGGACAGAUUAUAACCACUCGUAGUUUCAAUGGUGGAAAUUCUCAUUGGCUGCGGGUAAAUUGAGACAGCAAUUAUCCAAUCGGUUGUAGCAGCACUUCAACUCUCUAACCAACUUCUCUACAUUUUGGACAUACAUGGAUUCUUAACAAUGUGCCUGCGUGACUUUGCUAUCUUUGGCUGCUUAUAUAUGGAGGGAAUGAAAUGGAUAAAUCUUCAUGAAC